AUGAAAUCCAUGGAAACUAUCCUCUCGGAUGCCGGGGAAAAGUUUUCCACUCAAUUCGUACUUGCUCGUAAAUGCAGUAGGACGUAUUUGACGAUUGGAUCUGAGCUGAGAUGCAGAAAAGUUGAUGAUCUGUCAGCCAUAUCUCAGGCAAAUGCUGUCCCAUUAUCCCGUAUCACAAUCUCAUUCAUGAUUUGGUCCCUUUCCCUCUCUCACGCAACACAAGGCUGCGACGGUAACUUGAACCUUAUCUCUCCCAUUGCCACCUCACUCGCUCUUUUAUUUCCAAUCGCCGGUAACGCAGAAAGUCAAGAUGGAGAAGAAGUUGGAAUGUCCUGUCAUGGAAAUUCAGGGGUCCGCAUUAGUUCAAAGGGUUCAAUCUUCUUUAGCAUAUCCGUUGUCAAAUGUAUGCACGUAACACCACGCUCAAAGUGA